AUGUUCAAAGUUGAGGAUAAGAUUAGUGCUAUGGUCAAAAAGCAUCAGAUCUGGACAUCAAGGAUAGAAAAUGAGUCACUAACUAACUUUUCUACUUUAAAACAAUUCUUGGAGUCAUCAGAGGAGAGUUUGCCUGACCAGAUCAAGAUCAAUGUAGCCGAGCAUCUACGCAGCCUAGCCACCAUUUUUAGAGAGUAUUUCCCUGAACCUGACCCUGACGACAGAUGGAUUCAAAAUCCCUUCAGCUGUGAAGAAAUAGACAAAAUCCAAGGCCUCACUGAAGAAGAGCAAGAUCAACUUGUGGAUCUGUCAAGCUGUGGUAUGAUGAUAAACAUUUUCAUUGGUGAUAAAAUUACAGACUUCUGGGCAACAGCACGCAAGGACUACAAGAAACUUGGAGAUAAGGCAAUGAAAAAGAUCCUUCCAUUUGCCACCACAUAUUGGUGUGAGCAAGCAUUUUCUUCCAUGUGGUUCAUGAAAAACAAAAUAUAG